GGGGGUUGCUAGGGCAGGGGCGGAGUUUGGCUGGCUGUUGGAUGGGUACGGGAGUAAUGCCAGGAGUAAUGCCAGUCAGUAACAUGGCGCUGCCGUUGCUGACGGAUCUGUACCAGUUCACUAUGGCUUAUGGCUACUGGCGGGGCGGGCGGCACCGGGACCGGGCGGAGUUCGAGCUCUUCUUCCGGGAGGCGCCGUUCGGGGGCGAAUUCGCUCUGUUCUUUGGGCUCCGGGAGUGUGUGAGAUUCCUGCGCGACUUUCGCUUCUCUCCUGAGGAUAUCAGCUUCCUGAAGGCCACCAUGCCGGGCAGCCCAGACGAGGGAUUCUUUCGGUACCUCAGUACGGUGACUGCAGAGGAGGUGACAGUGUCGGCCUUCCCAGAGGGCUCAGUGGUAUUUGCCAGAGUAGGAACCAUUGAUGAAGGUGCGAGGCCCCCUGCUGGUGGUGCAGCUCUUGGAAACCACGUUGCUCUGUUUGGUGAACUAUGCCAGCCUCGUUGGUACCAACGCCUCGCGGUUCCGCCUGGCUGCCGGCCCAGACAAGAAGCUGCUGGAAAUGGGUCUGAGGAGGGCACAGGGACCCGACGGUGGGCUUUCUGCCUCCAGAUACUGCUACCUGGGGGGGUUUGACUCUACCAGCAACGUCCUGGCCGGCAAGCUCUAUGGCAUCCCCGUGGCCGGCACCGUCGCCCACUCCUACGUGGCAUCAUUCUCCUCGGUGGCAGACGUGAGGCACGGGUCUCUGAGACCUCUGAAUGGAGACGACCGUGGGGGGGACUUUGUGGAACUCUCGGAGAGGUGCCUGGGGGAGGUGUGUGAGCUUCUGCGGGUCCCCAAGGAACAUACCAACAAGGGGGAACUGGCGGCCUUUAUUUCCUAUGCCAUUGCCUUCCCACAGAACUUCCUGGUGGUGCUGGACACUUACAGUGUGAUGAGGAGUGGGGUCCCCAACUUCUGUGCGGUGGCCCGAGCCUUACACCAUUAUGGCUACCAGGCGGUGGGGGUGCGGCUGGACAGCGGAAACCUGGCCCGGCAGUCGGUGGAGAUCCGGGAGAUUUUCCAUAAGUGCGCAGAGAGGUGAGUACUUGGCCCGCCCUAUUAAUGGGGAUAGACGAGUGCCCCCCCUUAUAUCUGUCUCUCCUGUGCCCCAGCUUUGCCGUCCCACCAUUUAAAGACUUAACCAUCGCCGUCAGCAACAACAUCAGCGAGAGCAGCCUGAGGCUUCUGUGCAGCGAGAAAAAUGAAAUUAAUGUGAUCGGUGUUGGAACCCACCUGGUGACUUGCCCCCAGCAGCCGUCCCUGGGCUGUGUGUACAAGUUGGUGCAAGUGAAUGAGAGUCCCUGUAUGAAGCUGAGUGAGGAUACAGAGAAGGCGACGAUCCCCGGCAGCAAAGCCAUUUACCGACUGUUUGGCCAUAACGAUCACCCAAUCUUGGAUCUCUUGGCCUGUGAGGAUGAACCACCCCCAGAGACUGGGAUAGAGCUGGAAUGUCACAAACUGGGGGGCAAUGGAGAAACUGAGCGAGUCGCCCCAGUUAAAGCGGAGCUUAUGCACAGCGUUUGCUUUGAUGGGAAGGAAAAAGAUGGCAAAACCUUUCCAUCUCUAAUGCAAAUCCGGGAUCUUGCCCAGAAAUCUGUAGCUAAGCUCAGCCCAGAACAACGGGAUCUCGAUGAGCCAAAGCCUUACAGGGUUGCGGUGACAGAGAAGCUUCACGCCUUAUUGACGCAGCUUAGAGGAACGAGCCCGUUGCAGUGAAUUCCCUCCCAGCUUGUGUUCCGGACCCGCCCCUUUCUGCAGCUCCACCUCUCGCGUUACACGGAAUCACGGCGGGCCCUUGCGCCCCUCCUGUUCUGACUCGCCAAUCAGAAAUGCCUUAUUUACUACUGUGAAGCUGAGACACUGCCAGAGACCCCCGGGGGGCGCUGCUGCUGCUCUGCUUUCUGCCUAUGGGGGUCUGUAGGUUAGAGGUUCAAAUACUGUGAAAUGGAUUUUGCAUCUGAAAUAUACUGUUUUUGCUUUUGUUGUUUUUAUAUUUGCAAAUGAUCAAAAUCUAAAAUGC